AUGCCGACACGACGGCGUCUGGACGAUGCCCCGGCGAAGACAUCGAUGGAAGAUGCCGGGUCUUCCGUGACCUACGGCGGGCUGAACCUGUCCGAGCUAAAUGAUGAGGUGCUUCUGCAAAUUCUGAACCACCUUCCGGGCUGGAUGGGCGGUCGCGCAGAGGCGACAGGCCUUGGAGCCUGGCGCCGGGAGGCGAUCGGCGACGGCUGGUGGCAGACCAGGUGUUGCCUGGAAUUUGCAGCGCAGCUGAGACCCACUGAGGAUUCCUGGCGCAAGCGAUACCGCUGCCUCCUGGGCAUGGCCGAUGCCUGGACUGGAAGCUGGUGCUACAAAAGCCACCGGCACGGCCUGGGCGACCGCGUGGCAGCACCGCAGCUCUUCGUCGGCCCGACUGGGCAGAAGCUGUUUUGCUAUGGAGGCUGGACCGACCGAGGACCCCAGACGGACUUGCAUUCAGUUCCUCUCCAGACCGUCACGACUUCGGCCCAACGUGGCGAGGACGUGGAGCCGUGGCGCUUUGCCCGCUCGCAGGAAGCGGGUCAGCCGCCUCAUCGGGGUGGCGUCUCCACGCUGACGCCCCUCUGGUACGGCGAGGAUGCCGGCUUGUGA